AUGAUCAUCACUCAUUCUGGACACAAAACUAUUGCUUCAUAUCUAAAUCAAAUGGCAACAAUGCUCAUCAAACAAGGUCAUGCUGACAUAAAUGCAUUGUUUCAUGGUCAUACUCCUCUAUCAUGGUGUAUUGUUAGAGGAAAUACAGAACUUCUUAGGAGUUUGUUGGAGACAAACAGAGUGGAUCCAAACAAAAUUAUAUCAGAAGAUAUAGGAGUGCCUCUUACUGUUGUUUUGUCAGAGAAAUUAACAGCACAUAUUGAUGUAGAUAAGAGACUAAAAAUGUGUGAAACUCUGUUGGAACAUGGAGCUGAUCCACUAAAAAACAUAGAAAUAAAUGACUUUUGUGGGAACAUCAUGGAAUUUGCAGCAUCACAAUUUGAAACAAAAGAAAAAACAACAAAGAAAGGUAAGAAAGAUGAUGGCAAACAAACAGACAAUAUGAAACAAUUUAUGUCAUUGUUAUCUACUGCUGCACAGAGCCAUAUUAUUAGAUAUCUUCGGGGAAAGAUAGUAAUUGAUCUUCUCCGUAGUGUCAAAAACAAUGUUACACCUGAAAUUCCCACUAUGGCAGCAGAAGCUAUUACCUUCUCUCUCGAAAAUGUAAUGGACUGUGUGAGAGUCAUAGCAAAAAAGAUCAAUAUAUAUGCAGAAGAUGCUAUUAAGCUUCUUAAAAUGUUCCAAUAUGCUGAUGAAAAUGACUCAGAGAACAGUUAUUUCAAGAUAUACACUUCAUUGUUCUCUACAGUAUUUCCAACACAGAUAUAUAGAAAUACAUACCACAUUGGCAGAGACAGUAUUGGAACUACAGGUCCACCACUCAAGGCGCUUGUCAUAUCAGUUAAAUGUCAUACACUUAAAAAUUAA